AUGACUCAGCGUGAAGUCUACGUUGCUGCUGUGGCCCGUACUCCCAUUGGUGGUUUCAAUGGUUCCUUGGGUUCUUUGACCGCUCCCAAGCUUGGUUCUAUUGCUAUUGAAGCUGCUAUCAAGAAGGCCAAUGUGCCCGUUGAAGCUGUUGAGGAAGUUGUCUUUGGCUGUGUCUUGUCCGCUAAUGUGGGUCAAAACCCUGCUCGUCAAGCUGCUCUUGGUGCUGGUCUUAAGGAUACCACCAUUGCCACCACUGUCAACAAGGUGUGUGCUUCCGGCAUGAAGGCUGUAUCCAUUGCUGCACAAAGCAUCAUUUUGGGCAACGCUGAUGUGAUUGUUGCUGGUGGUAUGGAAUCGAUGACCAACACUCCUUACUAUCUUCCCAAGCAACGUUUUGGUUCCACCUAUGGUCAUACUGAAGUUGUUGAUGGUGUGCUCAAGGAUGGUUUGACUGAUGUGUACAAUGAUUAUCCUAUGGGUGUGGCUGCCGAGGAAUGUGCCGAACGCCAUGGCUUCUCACGUGAAGAUCAAGACAACUAUGCUGUUGAAUCCUACAAGCGUGCUCAAGCUGCCUAUGCUGCUGGUGUUUUCAAGGAUGAAGUUGUUCCUGUUACUGUUUCCGGUGGCCGUGGCAAACCCGAUCGUGUGAUUGAACAAGAUGAUGAGGUUGCUAAGCUCAACGAAGAAAAGUUGCGUGCUGUGCGCCCUGUUUUCAAGAAGGAUGGCUCUGUUACAGCUCCCAAUGCCUCCCCUCUUUCGGAUGGUGCCGCUGCUCUUGUCCUUGUUUCUCGUGAAGCCGCUGAAAAGUACAACUUGCCCUUGCUUGCAAAGAUCCGUGGCUGGGCUGAUGCUGCUCAAGCUCCCAACUUGUUCACCGAUUCGCCUGCUCUCGCUAUCCCCAAGGCUAUCAAGCACGCUGGUCUCACCCCUGAAGACAUCUCCUUCUAUGAAAUCAACGAGGCUUUCUCUGUUGUCGCUUGUGCUAACCUCAAGUUGCUCAAUCUUUCUGCUGACAAGGUUAACAUUUACGGUGGUGCUGUCGCUAUGGGCCAUCCUCUUGGUUGCUCUGGUGCUCGUAUCAUCGCCACUUUGUUGACCGUUUUGAAGCAAAAGGACGCCAAGUACGGUGCUGCUGGUGUCUGCAAUGGUGGUGGUGGUGCCUCUGCUUUGGUCAUUGAGCGUUUGUAG